AAAAAAAAUAUAUAUAUAAACGAGCUAUAGAUCGAUCUCCAUUAUUUGUUGAGCAUCAGUUAUUACAUAUUGUUUAAUCGUUGAUCGCCGGAACGAUCAAGUAUAUCAAGUACACGAGUACCUUGCGAACGAGAGCCAAAUCAGUUGGAGGAUCUGGAGAAGCACGGAGAAAAGAAGAAUCGAGAAGAUUCGUGCUCUCGGGACACAAUCAGUUCUAACGAGAUAACGACAUCCGGCGAACGCAUCCGGAGAUCCAAUAUAUCGAAAGAUCUAAAAGUCUAUCGAGGUUUGCACGAGAACACGAGCGCGUCCAACCGUCCGACGAUAAGGGAAUUGGAUGAGCUUGAACAAUUGGAACGUCCAUAAGAAGAUACGUAAGUUUACGAGUACAUCCGGAUACGAGGGAUCGCGAGAGGAAGACACUCGGAGCAAGUCGUCGCGGCAUCUCCGAGAGAAAUCAAAGUCUCUAAUGAUCAAACGAAGCCCGACGAAGCCGGCGAUACAGCAUUAUUACGGAUCAGAUAAAAAUAUCACGGGUUUUCUGUGGAAUGGAACGUCACGCGACGGCAGGCGUGUAAGGGCACGUGCGAGCAAUGAUCAUUGCCUAAUUCGAGUCGCGAAAUCCUAAACGAACAUGAAUCUCGAGGUGGAGUUGAUCGCGGGGGUGCUCAAGGGCAGUCUACCCCCCGCACAUCUGCCGGCACCGAGGCUCAUCAAGAUAUUCAUCGCCGGUGAACGAGACGACUUUGCGGAGGAGCGCAAGCAGCUGCUGGAGGUGGUCGGUCCGGAACUGCAAUCAAUUUACGAUGAUAUGGGAAUCGAGGUGCUCCUGGUGGAUAUGCAAUAUGGAACCGCCGACAAUCCGGAUGCGAAUCCUCGCCUGGCAGAGUUCUUCUUGGAGGAGAUAAACGCGUCCCAUCGCCAUUCCAGGGGAUGCUUCCUCCUGCUGUUGACGGGGACAAAUUACAGCGUAGGGUGGGUACCGACAGAACUGGGGGAGGCUACCUUCCAGACGCUUCUCGCACGCUGUGCCCUUCUUACAGAUCAUUACGAGCACAACGGGCACUCUUACGUUUUGAAAGCAGACAGCGUGCGAACCGCUCAGCGAGGAUGGCAGGUGAACCAAGAAUCGAGCCUGCGUCAGAUGCUGAAGACCGCCACGGAAUCCGCGAUCGUGGAACAACCGGAGAAUCAGGAGCUGAGAUACAUCUUGAAGAGCACGGCGGAACGACAGUUGGACCAUGGCCUAAGUCUCGAUCAGCAGGGUUCCGGAAUAAUGGCCGUGAUUCGCGAGUGGACGGGAAACGACGCGGCAGCCUGCACGGCUGCCGCUCGAGAUCUGAAGACCCGCAUCGAGGCGGUCCUUCCUGAAGACAAUGUUCUACAUUUGCAAGCAGAAUACCGUCAUAAUGGGAUCGAUGCCGAUUACGAUGCCCACGAUGAGUAUCUUGGCAAACUGCGCGAGCUCAUACUAGAUAGGCUGCAGCAGCUGGUGAACGCAUCCGUCGAGGCUGAUCCGGAAAUCAAAAGUCGCAAGAAGAUGGUGCAGGAGGUCUACGCCGAAAGUAUGGCACACUUCGCUCUACUUCGGGAAUUACCGUUAGCUGAGGAGACCGAUGAGAUUGUCGACCGAGUCAAACGACUGAUCCUUGCGGGCAAGGAGCGCAAGCACGGACCCAUCCUGAUCUACGGGCCAAAAUCCUCCGGCAAGAGCUCGAUCCUUGCGCGCGUCUACCAAGAUGCGCCCGACUGGCUCUCGGCAUCGACGCUGCGCAUUGUCCGACUGUGCACGUCGACGCCGCGAUCCGCUUACAGUUUGGAGCUCUUACGCAUCCUUUGCCAACACAUCGGCUUCCUCGCCGGAGACAACGACGGCAACCUACCGCGUGAUGCUUCCUUCGAUCCGCUCUACCUCAAUAACUGGUUCAAUCUCAUCGUACGCCACAUAGAGGAGCACCCGCUGUCGGAUCAACUGAUCAUUCUCCUCGACGACUUACAUCGUUUCCACCCGCUCGAGUGCGACAUCGUGGCCGCUCUGUCGUGGCUGCCGCUCACGCUGCCCGCGGGCGUCCACUUGGUCGUCACCUCGGCGUUGCCUCCCGAGGGGAUGCGGCUCACGCCGCUUCAGAAAGAUCGUCUACGCAGCGCCGAUAUCCUGGUCGAUCUUACGGUCGGGCGCGUAUGUGCGACGUCACGCUUCGAUGCGGCCCUUGAACUUUUGGAGGGUCUCGUCGGGUCUGACGCGGCCAACCGGAUUGCCUCGAUUCUCGCUUGCACCGAACAUGGUCUGUCGGAGACAGAGAUACUCGAGCUAAUCAUGCCCACCGGCGGGGAAGGACCGUUGCUCCUAGAAGACAGCCAAUUUAACUUUGCAACUUGGUGCUUGGUCAGGCGGGCCCUCGCGCCGUGGCUCAAGGUUCGAGUAAUGAGCGGUCGAUUGAUGUUCUCCUGGCGCAACCAGUGUCGCGAGAUUGCCCUACGAAAGUACCUUGCCAAUCAAGACGUUUCCCGCAGCUAUCACGGGGAGUUAGCUGGCCUGUUCUUUUCCGAGGAUACCGAUGACAGUUCGGAGAAGUCGCCGGAGAAUCCAGCCGCUUCGCCUCCCGCGAAGGAGACGCCGUUCCAAAGCGCGCCGCAGACUCAGGAUAUCACGUACACUCUGCGACACGUCGAGGAGGCAUGGUUACAUCUUUUGCGUGCCUCCGAUGUCGACAAGCUGAAGAAGCUCGCUGUGUGCGCGUUCGACUUCCUCCUCGCGGCGGUUCAGAUGAUCUCCGUCAGCUACCUGCGAUGCGUCCUCGAACACGCCAGGCGGUACUUACUUGAGCGCGACUUGGAACUCGUUUAUUAUGCCGUGAGGAAAUCCAGCGACGUUCUCACCAGGGACCCACUUCAGCUCGGCGCGCAGCUCAUUUGCUGGUUGAGGCCGGUCGCUGAGGAUGGCGGUGAUCUCGUCAGUAGAAUGGUCAUGGCGGCUAUGGCUUGGUGCGACGGUUACACCGCGCCGCUGCUCGUGCCAUUGAACGGGUGGCUGCAGCCGCCACUGCCGCUGCAAAUCCGCGCGAUCACGUGUCCGCAGGGUGUCAAGCUGAUCGAGGCAGCACCGUCUGGCCAACACGUCGUCGUCGUGCCACCGCAGGGGGAUGCUCAACUGUGGCACGUGAUGUCUAGUCAACUCGUUCAUACGUUCAAAGGACAUUCCAGCCCAAUCUCGUGUUUGGCCGUUACCCAUCAGUCGCAGUAUCUGCUGACCGGCUCCGAGGACACUUCCAUUAUCGUCUGGGAUAUGAAGGAUCUCGUUAUGAAGCGCCGGAUUUGCGAGCACAUCGCGCCGAUCCUCACUUUAACCACAGCCCUCAACAACUCCGUUAUCGUGAGCGGUGGUGAAGAUUCUAGGAUCAUCGCCACCAGCUUACUCACUGGCGAGGUUUUGAUGAAGGUUGAUCACCAUCGAGGCCCCGUCACCACUAUUCGCGUUGAUUCGGCGGGAGAGGUCUUGGUCUCGGGCUCGGUCGACGGCACUGUGUGUCUCUGGUCAUUGGAGAGCUUCAGUCUUCUCAACAGCAUCGUUCUUCCAUCUCCGGUGAUCAUGCUAGACGUGUCUGCGGAUUCGGUUUUCCUUUUAGCCGCAUGCGAGGAUCAAAAGCUUUAUCUAAGAUCCUUAGCGACUGGCACAGAGAUUCAUACGCUCAGGGGACAUCAGGGACCGAUCACGAGCCUUUGCUUGGCGAAGGAUUGCAGGAGAGCUAUCGCCGGUGGUAUCGAAGGCAGAGUAUCCGUGUUCGAUAUGCACAGCGGUCGAUUGAUCAAGACGUUACCUGCCAAUCCAUCGGCGAGCGUUACUUCGGUGAAGGUAACCGAGAAAGACGAUUUCCUGAUAACCGGCGGAGGUGGCCGCGUGACUUAUUGGAGUUUCCGCGGCGAGGAACCGCCGCCGAAGCCGCAGAAACCCGGAAAACAAGAUUCUUUACAACCUCAUACCGCACCGAUAUCUUGCCUGGACAUCUCCAGGGACGGUGCCAUGGCGGUUACCGGCGGUGUCGAUUCUUUGGUCAAUCUGUGGCAGCUGAAUACUCAUGAGCUGUUGUCCACUCUGGAGGGUCAUAUCGCCAGCAUUACUUGCAUCGCAUUUUCCGCAUCAGGACUCUUUGUUGCAUCCGGAUCUGAGGACAAGACGGUGCGCGUGUGGGGUUUGACUUUGGGUCUCGUCGUAGCAACCUUCAGACAUCAGGCGCCAGUGACCGCUGUUACUGCUAUGUUGGAUGGCAGAAGAGUAGUAAGCUCAGAUCGAGCCGGCACUAUUAGAGUCUGGGCAGCGGAUAGUGGUACAUUAAUCCAAUCCGUUUGCGGACCCGGACGAUGUUUCGCUGUUGCAUCCGAUAUGAGAUACGCGGUGUGCGGAUCCGGUGAUAACCAAGUGCGCAUAAUUGGCCUGGGUGCCGGCCCCGAAGAGAAGCAUCAGGUAUCGCAUUCGCAGGACAUCACCUGUCUGGUAGCAACGCCUGAUUCCCAGUACCUGAUAACCGGAUCUCGCGACAUGAGCCUGAAGGUAUGGCAGUUGGCCGGUGGUAAACUAUCGCAGGUCCUAGUUGGUCAUACCGACCACGUGACCUGCGUGGCAGUUGCGGUGCUCGACAAAUCCGUAGUCGUGUCUGGCUCCCGAGAUGCCAAUCUCAUUGUCUGGGACAUCAAUACUGGAGCUGAUCUGCAUACUCUCACGGGUCAUCUGGGUUACGUCACUUGUGUGCGACUGUCCGGUGACGGCACUCUGGCCGUUUCCGGGAGCGAGGACAAGAGUCUCAUCGUCUGGGACACGAAGAAGGGCACGUCGCUUAGUUCCAUCAUGCUGCACGUGCCGGUCUUAGGAGUCGAGAUGUCCACCGACUGUUCCAGGAUGGCAGUGCACUUGCUCGAACACAAGUGCAUGCCCAUUCUGUGCCUGCACAACACUCCCGCGCAAUACGUAAAGCUGCCGCCGUACGUGGCACCACGGGAUCUGAGGCCCCCGGGACCGAAGCGGCCCGCUAGAAGGCUGCUGAAGAAGGAGGUGUCCUUAGAUACUUACACUUGGCAGCGAAAGUACGGACACCUUACGUCAGGUAUCACAGUCUCAAGCAUCGAGGAACGUUUGAAGCGUCGUUUCAGCGUGAGCGCGUCGAUGGAGGAGAUCAGCAAGGCAGGUUUGACUGGUUCUCAACCCGGUCUGGGUCCUGAACAAGCCGCUUUGGCACAAUCGCAGCAUUUCGACCAAUUGGAGGCACUCUGGAACAAGCAAUCGCCGCCGCCAAGACCACGUGGCCUAGUCCGUACGUUAACGAAACAGAGUUCGCUUCAGGCUACCCGGAUAUCCGACUCCGAAGAAGAAGAUGUACCGAAUUAAAUAGCAGAAUACCGCUUCCAUCGACAACUUUUCGUUGAUCGUCAAAUAUAUUUAAGCUACAAAAUGUCAUCCUUCCGUGUGUCAUACGAUGCAAUAAAUAAAGAUAUAACAGAGGUAAUAGACUAGCAA